CGCCUGGCGGACAGACAUGGCUGCUUCCCCGGAGCCGAGGCUCGGCGGCGGGCUCCCCGGUCCCCCCGGUCGUCCCGGUUCUCCCAGUCCUCCCUGGCGGCUCCUGGUGCUGCUGCUGGCCGUGGUCCGGCUGCCCGGGGCCGCGGGCCUGGUGGACGGGCUCUACUGCGGAACCGAGGUCUGCUACGAGGUGCUCGGCGUGUCCCGGGAGGCCAACAAGCCGGAGAUCGCCCGGGCGUACCGGCAGCUGGCCCGCCGGUACCACCCGGACCGGUUCCGGGCCGAGGAGCCGGGCCUGGAGGGCGAGACCCGGGAGUCCGCCCAGCGGAGGUUCCUGCUCAUCGUGACCGCCUACGAGACGCUAAAGGAUGAAGAGACCCGGCGGGACUACGACUACAUGCUGGACCACCCGGAGGAGUACUACCAGCACUACUACACCUACUACCGGCGGCAGCUCACACCCAAGGUGGACGUGAGGAUCGUCAUCCUCGUCACCAUCUGCGCCAUCUCCAUCUUCCAGUUCUACAGCUGGCACAGCAGCUACAACGAGGCCAUCAACUACCUGGUGACGGUGCCCAAGUACCGGAUCCAGGCCACGGAGAUCGCCCGGCAGCAGGGCCUCCUCAACCGCACCAAGGAGAAGGGCAAGAACCGGCGCUCCAAGGAGGAGAUCCGCGAGCAGGAGGAGGAGGUGAUCCGGGACAUCAUCAAAACCAAGAUCGACAUCAAGGGCGGCUACCAGAAGCCCAACCUGUCGGACAUCCUGCUGGUCCAGAUCGUGCUCUUCCCCUACUACCUGACCACCUACCUGACCUGGUACGGCUCCUGGGUUUACCGCUUCACCAUCUGCAGGGAGGAGUACGGCGAGGAGGAGAAGCUCUACCUGAUCAGGAGAUACAUGAAGAUGUCCCAGUCUCAGUUCGACAGCCUGGAUGAAAGCACCAGUGAGACCUUCAUGGAGAAGCGGCUCUGGAUCAAGGAGAACUUCGAGCUGCACCGGAAGGACCAGGAGGAGGAGAUGAAGGUGAAGAUGGCGACAGACCCGAGGAUGAAGAGGUAUCGCCGCUGGAUGAAGAACGAGGGCCCGGGCCGCCUGACGUUCGUAGACGACUGACGGCGCCCGGCUCCGUCAGCGACACACACACCUGCCUCAGCGCCGACGCACACGCACGCCACGCAGCGCGCUGUGUGGACAGACGCUUGUACAGAAACAUCGACUUUGCCUGUUUAUAUAGCGAGAGAUAUUUUCAUAGCGGCCUCGCGAAGCAGAAGUGGAAUAAACUGCACCUGAGAAAUUUGAGGGUUUUUUUAUACGCGACGCUGUUUCUUUUAUUGUUAUUUUUUUCAUCAUUUAAACUUUGAUUCUGUCAUUUUUCUGGUGAAAGUGGACGGACGAGCUUCAGUGCCUGAGUCAUCGUGAAGCGGAAGUUAUUCAGGUGCAGGGGUUAAACAUGACGUUACCAUGGCGCCUGGUAACCCGUAGUAACAAGUGCCAUUGUUCUAGGCUCCUGCUAUCUCCUCCUCCUGCUCUCUCCUUGCUCCUCCUCCUGCUCUCUCCUUGCUCCUCCUCCUGCUCUCUCCUUGCUCCUCCUCCUGCUCUCUCCUCCUUCUUCUUGCUCCUCCUCCUGCUGCUCUAUUGCGUCACUUCAACGCCUGAAGAGUAAAACCUAUGAAAAGUAUUUGCAUUUUUUCUUUCAUGAUGAAUUAACGAGGGUCAGAGUGUAUUAUUUAAAGAACGGAGACAUUUUUAAUUCAGACGAGAUCAAAUAAAACUUGGACGUAUUGAGCGUCUUGUAUUACAGAAGACUGCAGGCAGGGGGAGCUGUUUGCCUGGUUCCGUUAGAAGUAAGAAAACCCAUAGUUUAUGGUUUACAUUUAAAUUUGCUUAUAGACGGGAGAUGGAUGGAAAGAUAAGAGACAGAGAGGAGGUGGAUAAAGUUUUAGUUAUGAGUUAUAUCUGACUGAGGUGAAAACACAUCAACUUAAAGAUUAAAAAAACAAAAUGGACAAAUUUCUGUCUCAUUUGCUGCUGAAGCUGUUUUUCUUUGAGAAGCAAAAAAACAAAAAAGAGAAGCAGGUUCGAGACUUUGUGGAAAUCAUCUUUCUGUGUGAAUGGAAACCAAAGUCACGGCUGAGAUGUUUAUCAAUCAGGAAGUCCGUCGUCAUGCUUCCUGCUUUUUACUUAAGAUUAUUUAUUUGUCUCUCAUUUGUCUCUUGGUUGUUUUGUGCUGAGGCAUUAAAGUCCAACUGUAACUAUGCUCGUGAUCGUUAAGAACUCAAUGUUUUCUUUUUCUUCUGUGUAAAAUCUCUGCCUCACACACACAUGUGCAGAACAACAGGUCUGUCACCGGAGCUCGUAUUAAAACCACCUGAUUUAAAACAGA